AAGACACACUUGCAGAUAAUGACGAAGAGUUAGUUAGCACCGAUAGUGCAUCAUUUAUUCGAAAUGUCUUAGGUUCAGAAUUUGAAAUUUAUGAUGGUGAUUUGCCUUUAAUCACCACUUCAAUUGAGAUUGAG